CCAUCAUUCCAUCUGACAUGGUUAUAGCUGCUUUUCUGUUAAGUUGCACUCGGCAGAUCCGCGCACCGGACACCAGCAGCGCUGCGCCUGCGAUCCGCCGCACGUCCCCCGCCGUGCGGGUCCACCGUCCUCUCCGGCUGCUUCUGGUUCUUCUUACCUUUUCAUUUAGCGAAGCACCACGUUUCUCGCCUUUUAAAGACUAACUAUGGGCGCAUCUGAGCCAGUCGGGGGAAAGACAGAGAAUCUGGAGAGUGAGGGUUAGUGCGGACCAAUCCGUGCCUGCGCCUUUUUUCAACUGGGAGCGGAAAAAAAAAAUCGCCUCCAUCACACAGCCCACUUGCUGUAAUGUCUUAGUUUGUUAGGCGACUCGAACGACGUUUAGGAUGCAUGAGCACAGGACCUCUGGAAAAAUGGCUCACCAGGGAUAACACGGUGCCGCAGGAGCUUUUUAGGGCACCGGUCUGACUCUGUUUCGGGGACAAGCGCUCUUAGGUAAAUCACCAGUCGCCCAUCGCGGAGGCGCAGACAUUAAACUCCGCGAUCUGGGCGUAGGUCGGGUGGGGGGCAGCGCUUCUGUUGAGCCGGCGGACGGCGGGCGGACAUUAACGCGGCGUCCCGGCACUCUGUGCAUUAACGCGGCGUGGAGACUCCGCCGGGGGGAGCGGGAGGAGGUGCGCCGGCGCGCGGGGCUGUCUGCCCACAUUUGAUCCCAGCUGCUCUUCUCGGCCACCCGAUCGCUCUCACCGCAAAGACGUUUUCGCUCACAGCUUUAAUGCGGAAGGAGGCUGACAGCGCAGGCGGCGGUGGAAUGGCUCUGUCAACGGCUAUCCGGAGGGGAGAGAACGCACCGGCUCCCCGCCAGAGGCUCCUGGAGAUCCCCGCCGGAAUCUGACUGUCCCUCUUCGACGGCAUCCUUGGAAUUUUUUUUUAUAAAGGGCACCGGCGGAUUCAUAGGCAUUAUCUUGCCCCGGUCGGCGGCGUGUCUGGAGCGCAGGGGAGAGAGAUGGGAAGUGCGGCAUCGCGUCGGCAAAAUUUAGUGGGAAUUGCAAUCAAAGCGGAAUUGAAAUAUGGGGGAAUAUGACAAGUGAGAAGACAAGAAUCCCCGGACCCUUGGUACUCUGAGCAGGGCUGAUGUUCCUUCAUCAAGGUGUUUGAACCUGACUUACAAUGGAAAACCUGCUGAUCUAUCUGUUGGUUAUCAGCAUGGCAGUUAAAGCCCAGAUUUGUCCGAAGCGUUGCGUCUGUCAGAUAUUGUCCCCCAACCUUGCGACCCUCUGUGCCAAAAAAGGGCUACUCUUUGUCCCCCCAAACAUCGACCGGCACACUGUGGAGCUACGGCUGGCCGAUAACUUCGUCACUAGCGUGAAGCGAAAGGACUUUGCCAACAUGACCAGGCUUGUAGACCUUACCCUUUCCAGGAACACGAUAAGCUUCAUUACACCUCACGCUUUUACAGACCUGGAGAAUCUGCGCGCCUUGCACCUCAACAGCAACCGUCUGACACGGAUAUCCAACGAUACCUUCAGCGGCAUGUCCAAGCUGCACCACCUGAUCCUGAACAACAACCAGCUCACCAACAUCCACCUGGGGGCCUUCAAUGACCUGCUGGCUCUAGAGGAGCUGGACUUAUCCUACAACAAUCUGGAGACGGUACCGUGGGAGGCCAUUCAGAGGAUGAUCAGCUUGCACACUCUCAGUUUGGACCACAAUAUGAUUGACUUCAUCCCAGAGGGCACCUUCUCCCUCAUGCAGAAGCUCAACCGCCUGGAUGUGACCUCCAACAAACUCCAAAAGCUGCCACCAGACCCACUCUUCCAGAGAGCUCAGGUUCUGGCCACCGCAGGGAUUAUCAGCCCCACCUCCUUCGCGUUAAGCUUCGGGGGAAACCCUCUGCACUGCAACUGCGAGCUGCUCUGGCUGCGGCGACUUAGCCGAGACGAUGACCUAGAGACCUGCGCCACGCCCUCCCACCUGUCCGGACGCUACUUCUGGUCCAUCCCCGAAGAGGAGUUCCUCUGUGAGCCACCCCUCAUCACGAGGUAUUCCCACGAGAUGCGGGUACUUGAGGGCCAGCGAACCACCCUACGGUGUAAGGCCCGGGGUGACCCUGAGCCUAUCAUCCACUGGAUCUCACCAGAGGGAAAGUUGGUCUCCAACUCGACAAGGACUGUGGUGUACUCCAAUGGCACACUGGACAUCCUGAUCAGCACGGUCAAGGAUUCAGGCUCAUUCACCUGCAUCUCCUCCAACCCUGCUGGCGAGGCCCACCAGACCGUGGACCUCGUCAUUAUCAAGCUGCCUCACAUCACCAACAGCACCAAUAACAUCCAGGAGCCUGACCCUGGCUCCUCUGACAUCUCCACCUCUACCAAAGGCGGUGCCAACGGCAGCAACCACACAGCUGAGACCAAGACCAGCCCGGAUAAGCGGGUCGUCAUAGCCGAGGUGACAGCCUCUACGGCCCUCGUCAAGUUCAACUUCCAGAGGAAUAUUCCAGGUAUCCGGAUGUUCCAGAUCCAGUACAAUGGCACCUAUGAUGAUUCCCUCGUUUACAGGAUGAUCCCUCCUACCAGCAAGAACUUCCUGGUGAACAACCUGGCAGCAGGCACUCAGUAUGACCUGUGCGUGCUGGCCAUCUAUGACGACGUGGUAACAUCGCUGACAGCCACUCGGGUAGUGGGCUGCGUCCAGUUCACCACCGAGUCCGAGUAUCUCCGCUGCCACUUCAUGCAGUCGCAGUUCUUGGGCGGCACCAUGAUCAUCAUCAUCGGCGGCAUCAUCGUGGCCUCCGUGCUGGUCUUCAUCAUCAUACUUAUGAUUCGCUACAAGGUGUGCAACAACGGCGAGGCCGCCAAGGGCGCCAUGGUGACCAACGUGCACUCCCAGACCAACGGGUCCCAGGGAUGCUCCGCAACGCCCUCCUCGUCCAAGCAGGCCCUGGCCCAUGAGGAUGACGUGUGCCACAAGGGGGCGCCGGGGCCACCAGACACGCUGACGCAUUCCUUCGAGACUUCUCAGCCGGAAAGUGCCGCAGCCAGUCAAGGUAGGACGCCCGGACUGUCGGGGUCUUCGAUGCCGAAGCGCCAAGCUGCGGCGGAGUCCUUGACCGACGCCGAGCUGCAGAACACAAACCGGAAUAAUUCCACGGCUUUGCAGCAGUUGACGGCCCUGCCCGUGGCCCGCAUCAAGGACACGCCGGUCUUCAGAAGGGCGCACUCCAAGGGCUCUCCCAAGUACCUGACUCUGCCAGCAGAGGGAGCCCGGGCCAAACGCAGAUACUCCCUAAAUGAGGACUUGUCCAAAUAUCACUGCUACAUCGGCUCUCAGAAGUUGGGAGGCAUGUGGUACAAGCGGAGUCUGUCCAUGAACGGGAUGCUCAUUCCGCUGGAGGGGCAGGAUGUCGGGAAGGGUUUUUCCAGCUCCGAGUGGAUACUGGAAAGCACUGUGUGACUAUUCACUGCCUCCACUGGAUCUAUCCCCCAUUUUGUUUCCGUUCUGUCCCAGGGAGCUGCCAGGGAGACGGGGGCCUGCCUCAGUGUGGGCCAGGAUGUGGAUGAAUACCUUCAGCCUCCUGUGGAAAGCGGUCUCCCUGUGUAAUAGCGCGGAUGUCACACGGCGAUGCCAUCAUUUCACGACAAAAAAACCAAGCAAGAGAGGAAAUGGACCCAGUCGCUUGGACUACAGUAAGCUCAUUUGGUCAGUUUAGUCAAUCUGGUGCCUUCAUUUGGCACCUCCGGACAGCCAAGCCCUCUGCCGGGGGUGUGGGAUCUGGCAUAAUUACACACAAAGCGUUCUUACUGAGGAAAUGCCCUUUUCCUGCAUAUAUACAGACAAAGAAUCAAAAAACGUGAAAAAAAAACUCUAAGACUUGAUACUGGACCUCGUAUAAAAUUGAUAUUUUUUAAAGGAAAAUUCAAGCCUUCUUUUCAAUGACAUUGGAAUUGCCUUUUCUUUUAAGGCGGCGUAAAAAAAAAAAAAGCUGUACAGGAAGACAACAUCUGCUGUGUUGUUAUGUUGUGUAAAAUAAAACAU